CUCAGAACCACCGGAUACACAGCUUCAUUGUAGAUUGGACUGCCCAGACACGUUCCUCUCGUUCGAGCUUCUCUCACCAACCUCAAUCUCCCAAGAAGAUGUCAUAAAGUAGCCUCCCACGUAUCGCUAUUGCUACGACCACAGCAAUGUCGGAGCUCGCGCUGACUGCGUCUUCCUUGGGGAGAUCGAGAAUUCCGCACCUCGCAUUAUCGUUACUGUCGAAGCGAGCAGUUUUAAAAUCACGUCAGAAGGUUUCUGAGAUACCCACACUAUCGGGAUCUUACUACACUCGCUCGACGUCGACUGCGACGACGUACGGCUAUAGAAAUGGGUACACUACAAGAAGAUACGCAUCAUCGACGACACUCCCUCGUGCUCCUCCUCCUCCUCCUCCUCCACGUACUGCCACCGACAAUACCCGACCAACUCGCUCACACAAUGUCAACAACAACAACAACAUCCCUCCCUCUCCUCCUCCUCCUCCUCCGUCCUCUCGCACCCGCCUCGCGUCCCGCCGCACCGGCCGGUCGUUCAACGUGUACUUUUACCCGGUAUGCGGUGUCGGGUUCGUGCUCUCCACGUACCUGAUGUACAUGUACACGUCCUAUCGACGGGCGGUGGCGGAAUCCGAGAUGCUGGACCUGGCCCAAAACGCCGACGUUUCGUCCCGCUGGAUGGACCUCUCCCGCAACUUUGACGACGAGGUCGACUUUUCCGAACGCUUCAUGCUCUUGGGGAGGCGGCGCAGGAACCUGUGCCGACAGGCCGUCGGGAACGUGCUGGAGGUCAGCGCGGGCACCGGUCGGAACCUGGAGUACUACAACCUCGACCCGAUCAGGACGCCGCGGACCAGGCGCGUCAAGAGUCUCGUGUUCAACGACCUGAGCGAGAUCAUGGUCUACCAGGCCCGGAAAAAGUUUGACAGCAUGCAGGAACACACGGAGAACAUUGCCAAGUUCCGAGGGGACGUCAGGUUCGUGGUGGGCGACGCGGCCGAGAGGAGACUGAUCGCCAGGCCCGAGGGUGGGUUCGACACGAUCGUUCAGACCAUGGGGGUUUGCAGCAUGGCGAACCCGGUGGCUUUCUUGAAAAGGUUGGGCGAGUUGGUCAGACAGCCCGGGGAGCGGAGCACGGGGGUGGACGUCAAAGCGAUGAUGGAGGAGGAGGAGGAACGACAAGAGGGUCAAUGGCAGAAAAGGGAUCACGGGGCCGAUCAGGAGACGGAGAAGGAGAAAGGGAAAGAACCUGCGGAAACCUUGUCGGACAGAGGAGGAAAGAUUCUCUUGCUCGAACACGGCCGGUCGUACUACGGCUUCGUCAAUCGUUUCUUGGACAAUAACGCCAAACUCCACGCUCACCGCUACGGGUGUUGGAACAACAAGGACAUUGACCAGGUCAUCCGGGACAGCGGGUUGAUCGUCGAGAGUAAGAGGAGGUAUCAUCUCGGUACGACGUAUGAGUAUGUCCUCAGGCCGAACCCGAGACAAAAGUCGACGGACAAGGAGGUGGUGAGUGCGAUGAUGAAUGCGACCACUCCGAGAGUGGACGCUGAAGGUGUGAUGGGAAAGAGCAAGUCCGCUUGGUGGAAGAUUUGGUGAAGUUGUGUAAUGUACAUGUGUG